GUAUACACAACAUAUUUAAACAGUAGGACCGCUGCUAUUCUUCCAUGCAGACGUUGCUUUAUAAAUUGAUUUCAAUGCAGAGAAACAUACUCCAUUGUGCAGAGUCCUCAUCUAAUCAUGGCAUCUCACUGGCUGCAAGACAGGUUUGGGAAUUUAAUGAGUUUUAGAUGAAUUUGGCAAUAAUCACAGAGACAUCUCCCAUGUGACGUCUCAUGAGUUGAGGGACAAUCAAACAUGUUUACAGCUAUAAUGUUUUUUUGUUCGUCCCCAAGACACAUCUCUGAUAUAUCUGCCAUACUUUGCAAUGUGAGAUACCACUUUUAGACCCCUGCCAUUCCACACAACCUAUCCCACUCAUAAUGUUUGACGGAAGAAAUAAGUCAGGAAACUUGUUUAAAUCAAUUUUCUCUUGUUUUAUUAUCUAGGAGCUCAUCCUUGGCUUCAGCCUUGAUGAAGUACGUACACUUUUACUGAAUGUAGCUGAACGAAACAGCGGAAUGCUGUUUGACCUGCUGAGGGCGCCACCACAACCAGAGCCUGCACCAGAACAGGCACAACACAUGGACCCUGUUACUGUGGUGCAGAUGCAACCACUGCCGCCCCAUGCCAACAGAUGUUGAGGCAGUAUGCUGUGGUUUCCAGCCUGUCAAUUGUAUAAGUGCUAAAACAGAAUAUAACAGGAACUUACAAGAAUGGAUUCAGAAGAUAUUCAAGGCUGAAUGCAUAGCUGUACCCAAUGAUAGAGCUACAAAACUUCAUAGAGUUGUGGAGGAAUCGAAAGGAGAAAUACAGAAGCUCCUACCCGAAAAUUCUCCACAGGCACUUUUAUGGAGAGAACAGAUGAAGUCCCUAAAGUUGAAGAACAAAAAGCAAACAAGAUAGCAUCCCGCAGUACUGUGAUGGGUGAAUGCAGUUCUUUCUAAGUUCCCAUCAGCCUCCAAUCUUAUUAAAGACAUUAGAUUCCUGAUCUUCCCUUCUGUAGCAACGAUACAUAAGAGAACACACUUCACUGAAGCAAAAACGGGCAUGCACUACGACACCAUCCAACAAAUGGUGGAGGAAAUGAAGAUAACAGAUGUCCCAAUUUGAAAUGUACAUGUCGUUUUACAUCGAUUUUGGGGUGUUUAAGACCAUUUUUGAAUGCGUAAACCAGCUAUUAAACAUUUUGGUCACAAAAUUUUUUUAAUAUCACAUAAAAAUAUAGGUAAAUGUCUAUCUGUAUACAGAAAUUGGGGUCGCACCUUGAUGGGACGAGGGGUGAUUCGGGACCUUGAACUUGGAAACUUUUAGAAAAAAUUCAAAUUUGAGGGCGCCCUACAAGAAAUCAACGCACAUUGUAGGGCCAAUUUUUUGUAGGUCUGUUGAGCAAGUCAUAGUCUUCAAAUAUGCAUAAUUAAUAUUGGGUUCUAAGCUAGUUGAAUUUGGAAAUUAUGAGCAUCCAAACAUGCACCCCAAAAUAUUGUCUUGGACGCUUUACACCAUUUUCGGCGAUUACCGACCAUAAAUGUGACUCUCAAUGUAGUGUACAGAAAUAUGAUUAUUAAUCAAAGGAGGACCAUCAAAAUUAUUGCGAUCAUAAAUUGAGAUUUAGAACAUAAAUGGCAAUAAAACACUUAAAUAUAAAGCUACUUCUUGAUGCUUAUUUGCAAAUUCCUUUUUCAGAAAAUAUAUACCCCAAGCUAUCAUAGGGUGUAUAAAUGAUCUCCGAGCUUCGAUCAUUGGGGAAUAAAAAGCUAAAUUGCAAACCAAAAUUUUAACGAUUCUAUCGUUCAUAAACUGAAGUUCAGUGAAGAAUCUACAAUUUGAGUAGAGCCUAGAGGCAUGAAAAAUAAUUUCCUCGUUGAAAAAUGUUUUUCUCCUUUUUGCAGGAGUUUUCUACAAGGACAUUGUCCUUCUGGACUAUGGGGCAGAGACGAGCCCAAGCAAGUUACAGGCGCUGAACAAUGGGAGGAGGGCCUGUUGUUUAGUUCAACUGAACAGGCAUUUGACAGAGCCUGAGUUAGAGGGCAUCAUUGAAACAGCAUUUGAGAGCCAGUUAAUGGCUCUAAACAAACCUAGGUAUGUUAUGCGUAAAUGGUUUCGUUCUUGGAUUCUGACUGCUGUACAUAAGGAAAUGUGAGACCUUAAACAGGAAGAAAAUUGUUAUUAUACGGCCAACAAAGUUUGAAGAGGGCAUACAUGUGGAAUCAGCUUACGGGUCGGGCGGUCAGUUUGUUGCAAAUCUUGCACACCAACUAUGAUUGUGGGUACUAUUUACAAUUUUACAUAUGACUUCUCUCUCCAAUGUCUCUCUUCUGUAUGAAUUACGGAUCAUAUAUGCAUUUAAACUUGAGUUCAUCAUCUGAUUAUUUAUUUUGUAUCUAGAUUUGAAUUUGUGAAAGUAAUUCACCAUCGAGUAGUAGUGCCAACUGUGAGAAGAGGGCAGAUGUGGAAUGGAAUGGCCAUCCGUUCCCUUUGCGGUCAAGGUGACCUCUAUAUAAGGGCGACAGCUCCUCUUCCUGUGGCAGAAGAAGAGGUAUGGUGUCAAGAUAUGACUGUAUUUAUUGUAUGUGAUAAUGAGUUUAUAAUUGUGUAAUUAUAACUGUGUAUUAAUCAUAAGACUGUUCAUAUUAUGUGUUAUAUGAAAUGUUAUUAUUGCAAAUGUAUGUCAUUGCAAAUGUAUGUCAUUGCAAAUGUAUGUCAUUGCAAAUGUAUGUCAUUGCAGUUACAGAGGAAUUUAGGGUUAAAUUCUGUUAUUUAUUUGAUUAUUUCUAUAUUAUCAUUUUUUGAUUAUUUCUACAAGGACAUUGUCCUUCUUGACUAUGGGGCAGAGACGAGAAGAGGUAUGCUGUCUCAUUCUCAAAUUCCUUUGUCAGUUUUGAUAUGGAUGGGGACUCUCCAUUGAUGGCACUAAACUUUCAGUUAUGUAACAUACUUCACCAUUCUAUUUUGUUAAAGGGGAGGUUCACCCUAAAAAAAAAAAUCAGAAAACCAGUUCUUUGGACUUUGUCCAGGAGGGAACAGAAGGAACUCAGAGAUUCGGUCAAUAAAAAGUGCCAUAAGAGUAAAGUCAGUUUGAAAGUACAUGUACAUGUAUGUCAAUAAAUGAAAUCCAAUAAGACACAGCCGAAGAAGAAUCGAGCAUCACACAAUCUUCGUCAACAUUUCUACUUCCAACUGUGAAUGCAGUUCAAAACGUUCCAACUCGCAACCAUUUUGAGAUUCUUGAAGAAAGAGCGAAGUGGUGAUGGACGGCACAGAAUCCUUGGAUUCCGUCAGUAAGUGGAGACGGGUCAACCAAUGCCAGAGACAAAAGAAAUCACACGACGCGCUAAUGGUGGGAGAUUCUGUGUUGAAAAAAAUUGAUAGUCGUUGCCUGGCAAGCAAAUCAAGGAAGGUAAGAUGUCGUUCCGUUCCCGGUGCAAGGUACGAAGACGUGUCUAUCUAACGAGUAUGCCGACAUCGUUCAAGGAGGUACCGUUGUUGUACAUGUUCAUACAAACAACACCAAGGAUGACCCCAAUUGUCUGCACAACAAAGACAUGGACUUUAGGAAAAGGUGUUGCUGGUAAGGGGCUAAAGGUCAUCUUAUCUGGCAUCAUUCACAGACGAAAAAUAUUUUAUAAAACAUAAUAUAAUUUACGAAUAUCAAUCUGGUUUUUGACAUGUCUAUUUGACUAAGACAUGCAUUAUUCACUAAACUGAUUAUCUGAGAACUAAUAUUUCUAAGGGACAAAUGAAAGGAUGAAUGGAGACAUGCGUCAGAUGUGUAGACAUUCCAGAAGAAUUUAUAACAAGUUGUUCUUCUGCCAUAACCUUUUUCUACUCACAAUUGGCUAUUAGCAUUAAAAAAGCCACUACAAUCAGUCUCGCGACAGUUGAAGAGCCAAUUCAGAAGGACACUUUUGAAGAACUUAAGUCAGUUUGAACAUCCCAUCCAUCCAAAAAGGGCUGGCUUACUGCAAGUUGCAGAUCUAUCUCUCUACGCCAAAAAGUCAAGUCAAGUUCAAGAUCGAUCAACGACAGCAAAACAACAAUCCAUUACCAAGUCAAGUGAAGCCGGCUGACCGAAACCCAACACAACCUUCUUUGAUGGUAAGUUCAAAGCAUUUUUUUAUUUUGAUAAAAAAACUGUCCUAUACUUGCGAUCAUUAAAAGAGGUUGCAUUUUCAAAGUAACCCCCAGAAAUAAAACGUUUGAAAUCAUCAAUAUAUUUAUAUAAAAUACAUGUAUAUAUUUACAAACGGGUAUUAUUGAUCAGCAAGUAUAAGUUUCUUAAGUUGAAUGGAACUCUUGUUAAAAAUAUUUUCUGAGACAUUUCUUUUUAUUUCUGUUCUAAUCACAGACACAUUUCCAAUCAGCGACCCCUUAUACAAGCGGUUCCAUUGCUAAAUUCAUCGUAACGGAAAUGAGGCCAAUUUAUAUUGUGGAAGAGAAAGGCUUUCGGAAUAUGAUUUAAGUUUUUGAUCCAUGCUACAGUAUACCAUCAAGCAAAACUUUCUUGACACCCGUCAUUCCCGGAAUGUAUGACAUUGUCAGAGAGCAAACUUUCCUACCCUGCCUCAAACGAGCAACUUCAGUUACCAUAUCAAUGGAUAUGUGGACGAGCCGUGCUUCUAAUCAAUACAUCAGCGUCACGAUUCACUUCAUUGAUGAUUGGAAGAUGGGUAGUUUUACUCUUUAAACAAAGAACUCCCCCACCAAAUGACAAUGAACAUAUUUCUGAAGUUUUGAGAGCUAUUUUUGCAGAGCGGGGCUUUUGAAAACAAAGUCAGUGCCGAAUGUUCCAGAGCACAAGCUGAUACAGGACGUAGAAACCAGAUGGGGAUCAACUCAUGACAUGCUAAAGCGAGUUUUGGAGCAACAGCAACCAAUAUUCAAUCUAUUAAUUGAAACAAGAGGAAGAUGUUUGAUCUGUCAGACCGGGAAGUCUCCAUUGCAGUAUAAUUAGCCGAACUGCUUCAGCCACUAAAGAAGAAUUUGUUCAUCGCUCGGAGAAAGCUAAAUAUUGUUUAGCAUCACAUAAAAAAACCCUGAAUGUUCCCGAGCACAAGCUGAUAUAGGAUGUAGAAACCUGAUGGGGAUCAACUCAUGACAUGCUAAAGCAAGUUUUGGAGCAACAGCAACCAAUAUUCAAUCUAUUAAUCGAAACAAGAGGAAGAUGCUUGAUCUGUCAGACCCGGGAAGUCUCCAUUGCAGAAUAAUUAGCCGAACUGCUUCAGCCACUAAAGGAGAAUUUGUUCAUCACUCGGAGAAAGCUAAAUAUUGUUUAGCAUCACAUAAAAAAACCUGAAUGUUCCCGAGCACAAGCUGAUACAGGAUGUAGAAACCUGAUGGGGAUCAACUCAUGACAUGCUAAAGCAAGUUUUGGAGCAACAGCAACCGAAAUCUCAUCUAUUAAUCGAAACAAGAGGAAGAUGCUUGAUCUGUCAGACCGGGAAGUCUCCAUUGCAGAAUAAUUAGCCGAACUGCUUCAGCCACCAAAAGAGAAUUUGUUUAUCACUCGGAGAAAGCUAAAUAUUGUUUAGCAUCACAUCAGAAAAACCUGAAUGUUCCCGAGCACAAGCUGAUAUAGGAUGUAGAAACCUGAUGGGGAUCAACUCAUGACAUGCUAAAGCAAGUUUUGGAGCAACAGCAACCGAACUUUGAACCUUAUGAUUGUUUUAUUUUUCUGUAGAUUUAUAACAAUCAACUUUUUUCUGGGGUGGACAUGACAGGGCUGCCAACUCUCACGCAAUCUGCGUGAGUCUCACGCAUUUCACCCGAUUCUCACACUCUCACGCUGAUCAUAGAAAUUCUCACGCUGAACCCCGAAAAUAGAGAGAAAAAAAGUUUAUUAGCCUAUAUCGGAUAUUCAAUAACAUUAUAACCCGGCCAGGCGAAAGUUUUUAACCACACAAGCGCAAAGCUAAUAUACCAUCAAUGCAAAUUGGUUUCGGUUUGCCGCGCAAAGACAAGAUAUUGAGUUGCGAUUGGCUUACUGUAUUCCGCGUGUGAGUGCGGGUGGCGUCGAAAUUUUACGAAGCGGGGGUUUCUGCGCACGAGCCACAACGAGCGAUCGAGUGUCAAUGCAAUGCCAGCAGCCAUGCCAUGCGAUAGCCCGCCGGCCCGGCCGGCACCGGCACGGCGCUGGGAUGCCGCGCCGGCGCAACUCAGUAUACCGGUACUUCUACUUCAGCCAGUAGGUAAGUUGUCUCUUGUCUUGUCUUGAAAAUAUGUUUUUAUCAGGCUUUAUAUGCCAUUAUUAUGAUAGUAAGAAUGACUUUGGAAGGAUGCUUGUAUAAAUUGAUAUAGUGCUAUGAACUAUGUUGUGUGUAUUCUAUUGAGAACGAAAUUUUGAUUAAAUUUUUCUCUAAAACGAGUGUGAAUGAGGGUGACACUGACUGUCUCUGUACCACUACACGAGCGCCGACCUAACUUAGAUCGACGGUGUGGCUGACGAUCUGCGUUAGAUGUUAAAGUAUUUUAAUUUUUAUUUAGUCUGUGUGACUAGUGCAUGUUGGGUGUAUUCUGUAUAAUUCAAGAACCUAUAUUUUCGUAAAUUGGUAUCUUAAACUCAAUUCUAGUGAAUAAUUGACAAAAUAAUGACCAGAUGAUGAAUAGUAGUGGCAGCGGAAGCAACAAAAUUUAGGGGGGGGGGGUGCAGGAAACAAUUAAAAGGUCAUUGUACCGAUUAUUCCAUAUAUGUGUCAUCUAACAAAAUGUUUAGAGGGUCUUGAAAUUUAGGGAGGGAUGCCGCAAAAAAAAAAGGUUAUCAAACAAAAUUUUAGGGGGUGGUCCAUCUGAAAUUUAGGGGGGGUAGUCCACCUGAUUUUUUUUGGGGGGGGGGGGCACAGAGAAAAAAUAAACAAGCCAAAAAAAAGGUUAUCACUCCUGAUUGUUGCCUAUUUUGCCUAAUUCUAGGGGGCGGAAGCGUGCCCCCACAAAUUUAGGGGGGAACACGCCCCCCCCCCCCCGCUUUAGUACAUCUUAGUCACAGUGGCGUAAUGAGCCAACGAUUUUGAGGGGGCCAAAUAUUAUGUCUCCCUUUUUUUUUGGUGGGGGGGCAUUACAUCACUGGUCUUAUUUAUUUGUUUGAAGUGCCCUCAAACUGGACCCUUAAUUUUAGUUUUCUUUUUUUAUAUGAGUUAGAAACAGGGGUCAGCAUAGCCUUCCCUUGGUGCUUCAGCAUUAAAAACUUGUUGAUUUAUUAAAUCAAGGUUGGCUUAGACUUUAACAUAGUAGGCCUACGUGGGGGCUGGAGGGGAGAUUUUAGUUAGGGUGGGGGCGAGCAAGUAACACAUUAAAGAAAGGCAAAACAAUACCUGAUACCUGGAAUACUUUGUUUCACUUAGGUCAUUUUAUGUCACGAGUACGUGAGAAGAUGCAGAUGGACAUAGACAGCAGUUCUGGUGAUGAUGAUACCAAUGCCCAGGCGGUCAAGAAGGCAAAGGUGACCGGGUCGAAACAGAAACAGAAAGGUGCAGCCAUGUACCACUCAUCGUUCAAACAGGAGUGGUCAAAAUUGUGGCCAUUUAUAACGAUGGGGGCCACAGUAGGUUACUUUAGAUGCAGUGUCUGUAUGCAGGAGUGUUCCUGUCGGCAUCAAGGGAUCAGUGAUGUAAAGCGCCACAUAAAAAGUAAGGGUCACAAAGAGAGGGAGACCCUACGAAAAACUAACCAAAGUCUUUUCACGCAUAUGUGUAGCAGGGAAAUGUCAAGUGCGGAGACCAAGGCAAGUAUCAAGUAAUAUAUGAUUGAUGGUAUUUUUAUUCACCAUUUCAUUCUGGCAUCAAUUAUUACUCGUGGCAAUAAAUUAAUCCUAAUAAUCCUGAAGAAUUUUGAGUCUUGUCAGUUUGGGGAGGGGGAACAUUAUAGCGCAAUGACACAAUCAAAAUGGAAUAGAGAGCACAAAUUUUUCCACACUCAAUUGGUUUUAAAUGGUUUGAUGCCUUACAAAAUAAAUAUGCAGAAAUAUAAAUGAAAUAAAAAUGGUUUAUUGUGAUAGGUGAUAAGUUGUUGAUUGCAAUUUCCCAAAAUGAUAUGCAAAGAAGAAUUUUUGUUUAAUUGCACUGAUAGUGUGUAACAAUUACAAAUAUAUGUAUUUAUUUAUUUAUUUAGUUAUUUAUAUAUCUCUUUCCAGAUCCGCAGAGCAGAAGUCAAAAUGGCCAUGUCAAUAGUGGAGCACAACAUACCGCUGGCCUUCUCGGAUCACCUGAGCCCACUUAUGAAAGAGUGUUUUCCAGACUCCCCCACGGCCGCAGGGUACCGGUCGGCACGGACUAAGACUACAUGCAUUGUUAACGGCGCACUUGCUCCAUACUUCCAUCAUCAGCUGGUAAAGCAGCUACGAGAGCAGCCGUUCUCCCUGUCGACAGAUGGUUCAAAUGACACUGGCUUGGAAAAGAUGAACCCUAUGACUGUCAAACUUUUUGACAUUAAUCAAGGAGUAGUGUACCGAUUUCUGGACAUGUGCACAACAAGUGGCUCAGCUGCGGCGACAGCACAAACUAUCUUCAGUAAGAUGGACGAGGUGUUCUCAUCGGAGGAGAUUCCUUGGCAUAAUUGUAUUGCCCUGUCUCUUGACAAUGCGAGUGUCAACAUGGGAGUAAGGAAUUCCAUUAAAUCCAGAGUGCUGCACGUUAACCCCGAUGUUUACGUCCAUGGCUGUCCAGCUCACAUGGUCCAUAACAACGCACACGCGGCUGGAAAUGCCUAUGCAAAGGUGACAAACUUUGAAGUGGAAGAUAUGGCAGUAGAUCUAGCCUAUUGGUUCAAGGGAAGCAUGAAGAGGAAGGCUGGACUUGAGGAAUUUUGCCAGUUUUGUGACACCCAGUACUUGGAGGUCAUAAACUAUGUUCAAACAAGAUGGCUGAGUCUUGAAAAGGCAGUUGAUCGGACCUUGAAACUCUACACUUCACUGGCAAGCUACUUUAAAUCGAACAAUGAUAGCCAGGCUCGCUUCAAGCGGCUACAACAACUGUUCUCUGACCCAAUGACGGAGCUUCACCUGAUGUUCUACCAGGCAACCUUGCCAGCGUUUACUAAUUUCAACCUUCUGCUCCAACGGCAAAGCUCCUCUGUACAUCUUUUGCACAAACAGAUGCAUCUGUACAUCCGGAAGCUUAUGAGCAAGUUCAUUAAACCUGAGAAAAUCAAGGACGUCAGGGUGUCAGACAUCCAGUACCAAUCACAGGAGAACCAGCUACCUGAUAGCAAGCUAACUAUUGGCUUCACCACUCGCGCAACAUUGAACCGGCUGCUGGAAGGUGGAGACAUCAGUCAAACACAGGUAAAAAAGUUCUUUGCUGGUGUUAGGGGCUUCUUCUGUGAGGCAGUUUCGUACGCCCUCUCACGUCUCCCCCUUGAUGAGCCGGUCCUGCAACAUGCUACCUUCGUUGACUGGCACCAGAAGAUGGAAGCAUCAAUUGAUGAUGUGCUCUUCUUUGUAGACAGGUACAAGCACCUACUGCCCUUUGAUAGUCCACAAGAUCAGGACAAGAUGCAGGAAGAGUUUACAGACUAUCAGAUGAUGGAUGAUCAUGAGGUGUCUUCCAGACAGUGGAAGGAGAUCAAAGAUGCAGAAGGUGAAUUUCUUCAAACUGACAAGCUGUGGGUCCACCUGUCUUCGCUGAAGAACGAGGUAACUGGACGGCCAAAGUUUUUGAGGCUCACUAAGGUGGCUCAGCUGGUGCUCUGUCUUCCCCACAGCAAUGCUGAUGCUGAGCGGGUUUUUUCUUCCAUCGGUCUAAACAAGACAGACACCAGGAAUUCCCUCCACUUAGAUGGAAUGCUCAGCUCCAUCAUGACGAUCAAGAUGGCAGCAUCGGAGCCCUGUUUCAAGUUUGAGCCACCAGCAGAGGUACUGAUGGCGUCGCGGAGAGCAACCUCCAGUUACAACAAAGCCCAUUAGAUUAAUUUAACUGGAUGAGAGGUAGGGAAAUGGCUUUGCUAAUUGACACCCAGUAUGGACAGCCAUCAUAAUGACCACUUGUUCUAGUAUCGUCUUGGGGAGUAGCAGAUAAUCACAGGCUGAUGGCGUCGCAGAGAGCAACCUCCAGUUACAACAAAGCCCAUUAGAUUAAUUUAACUGGAUGAGAGGUAGGGAAAUGGCUUUGCUAAUUGACACCCAGUAUGGACAGCCAUCAUAAUGACCACUUGUUCUAGUAUCGUCUUUGGGAGCAGCAGAUAAUCACAGGUUGAGGUUUCACUGCUAUUAUAAAGAGAGUUGAUAUGGAAUAAUGCACUUAAAAAUGUGGAUUUUUUUCAAGGUAAGUGAACUUCAUUAAAAAUAAUCAAUUAACCUAUUUGAAUCCCGCCUUAUGUAUUUAUGGAAUCAGAGUUUAAAGUAUGUGCCAGAUUGCACCAUUUAAAUUGCAAAAUUGUAAAAGCUCCCUACCGUGGAAGGGGGGACACCCCCCUUCCACACCAUCCCCCUCAGGCGCGGAGCGCCCUCGGGCUUGGUCGCUUCGCUCCCUCGCAAUGUCUCACUCCAAACUCUUCUCAAAGGUUGGCAGCCCUGACAUGACCUCUAAAGCUUUACCACAAUUUCUAUCAAUCCUAGAGUCACUGUUUACAAAAUAUCAAACUAUCAAUUAAUUUUGUUUCCAUCCUAUCCACCGAUGUUUGACAGAUCGAUGAAGAUACAGGUAUCAUUCUACCCAGCCCAGAGGCGUUUAAGGCGAGUAUACUCGCAAGACCAAGGCACAGACAGGUAAAGUAGAACUUCUUAUAUACAUUUAUAAUUUUGUAGUAAAGACUUCAGUAUACUUUGAGAGAGGGCAUUAUAUAUUAAAUGUAAAUAGUUAAAAUAUUCAAAUAGAAUCGGUGGCUUAAAAGAGAUUCAAUGACUACAUUAUCAUAGGUACGGUGUGACACUAUAUUAAAAUUCGCAGAGAACAUUAGCUCAAACUGGCUAACUAACAGCAUACAAGUACCACACUCAAGUGCACGGCGUCCUCCUAUUCAUUUUUUUUAGAUGGAGCCUUGUUUGAUGAUUUAUUGUCAGAUAUUUACCCCUCACCAAGAAAGAAAUUAAAAAGCUAUAAUUCACAACUUUAAGCUAAGUGAUUUUCAUUAAUGCUCCGUUUUGACGAGCAAAGUCGGCGAUUGUGAGGAUAAGACUCUCACAUCGUAUGUAACGUGAAUGGGGAUUUAUCUCCUGUGCAAUUCGAAUUACUAUAUCACAGAAUUGUGAAAUCCCGAAGGAAAUUUGUGCAUUAGAAAUUGCACAUGGUGAAGUAGGGAAAAACUGUUACCGCUACUGGAAGCACGCGCGUGCAUGUAUUACAGAAAAAAAGACGGACGUAGCUCACUUUUUAUGAUACUGAAAAAAACACGCACUUGGCAAUUUAAAACUGUGCUUAUCGUAAAUUGAAAGUUACUUGAUUUCAGUCGGCUUUUCAGAUAUUUAAAUUACAUGUAUGAUAUGGCUUCACUGCUCACUCACGGCGGGCGCAAUUACCUGGAAAAUAUUUGCGCCCGGUCGUCAAAAUUUUGAUGAUUUUGGGGCUUUAUGGGCGCAGUUGCAUGGCUUAUGAGCGCGAAUUUGCGCUCAGCGCCCGCUUAUUUCAAGGCUUGGCUCUUGCCGAGAAAAACCAUCACUUACCAAGAGCUUGUCAAGUAAGUAAAAGACGAAAGGAUCUGAACUUGUCAGUAGAUAUUAAGGAAUAUAAUGGAGAGUAUCUUGCGGUAUAUGACAUGACAGUUUGUAAAGUGAAACAAGAGCCUGACCUUGUUAAGAAUUGGGAAAUUUGUGUAAAAUUUUCUGGUGAUGGAACGUGAAUAACUUGUCAGCAAAGUCUUGCCAAUGUGGCACUCUUUACCUGAUGAAGUUCAAAGCAUGUCUGAACAUGGUAAUUAUUUACUGGCUAUUGUAAAAUGUCCUGAAACCUUUCUCCUCUAGAAAGAUCUAUCAAUGACAUAAAGGAAUUUGAAAAUAGAGAAUUCAUCAAACUUGAUGGUGAAGGAAUAUCAGUUGAUAAUUUAUGUCUUGGUGGAAAUCUCAAAUCCCUUAAUCAAAUUAUUGAUAUAGGCUUAUUUUUAGCCAAAUACUGUUGCAUAUGGUGUCACUGCAGCAGUUCUGACAGGUUUGAUACAUCUAAAACAUGGUCUUGUACACAAGAAAAUAAUGAUGCACAAAUAAUUGAAUCUACAGUAAUAUGUUUAAAGAAAAAAACAAAACAGAUUCUUCCAAAAAUGUGGCUGCAUCAACACACCUCUGUUUCACAGUAUUCCCGUCCACAAAGCAGUGCCAGACACUUUACAUCUUUGCCUUCAAACUUGUGACCAGUCGAACGCCCAUUUGAUUUCAUAUCUUCAAACAAAAGAUAACGUUACCAAGAUAUCAUCUCGGAUACGUAUUAAGGAAAUAAUUUGUACUAAUUUAUUAAAUUUGUCAAAUAUGUAGUAAAAAUAACUGACUGGAUUUUAUUUGUGAUAGGGGAAUCCAACCAUUUCUUUAUCAUUUUCACCUGAAGAGUUUGAUUCUGAUGAAUUUGAUACCAAAUUUCUUCCAAAUCGGUUACGCGAAACUGGACUUAAUGAAAGAUUACUCAUCCCUCGAAGUAGGUCUUUCAAUUUUGUCUGCUGCUAAUGCAAGUCGCCAUUUCUAGCAGCGCAAUUUACUGAGAAACAUGGUGUUUUGCCAGGCCUACGGAUGCAACAACAGAACUGGAAAAAAGAGUGGAGGGAAAUCUUUCCAUCGAUUUCCGAAUCCCAAAACUAGACAGGAGGCUUUCAAAAAAUGGGCGGCAGCCGUGAAAGUUGAGAAAUUUCUUCAAAAAAACUACAAAUGGACUCCAAAUGACCAGAUAUGUAGUGAUCAUUUUGUGGAGUCCGACUACGAAGUCGAUCUUCGUGCUAAAUUGAUGGGGACCAAACCGUGGGUUCUUCUAAAAGAAGACGCUGUUCCAUCGGUAUUUUCAUUUUCAUCGGGACCUAGUCCUUCCACAUCAUCGAGAGAAGAGCGAUCAGCUCAAGCUAGUUGCAAAGAGGUAUGUUUGUUCAUAAAAAGAUAAUAUUGCCAAGAUAUCAUUUCGGACAUGUAUUGAGAAAUGUGAUAAUUUGCAGCAAUUCAUUAAAUUUGUAAACAAUGUUAUGAAAAUGAAUGAUUGGAUUUUAUUUGUUAAAGGGGAAUCCCACCCUGGAAAUUCUUUAUCAUUUUCAACUGAAGAGUUUGAUUCUGAUUAAUUUGAUACCAAAUUCAUCUGAAUCGUACAAUAAGCAAUCUGCAGUUUAGCGUUCAGCAGUGCAUAAUAUGUAAUACAUGUAGUAAGGUUUGAUGAACCGCACUACAAAAAAGUGACUUGGCCGUCGUUCAUGGAACAUGUGUUAUUGUGUUUGUCGUCAAGUCGCCAUUUUGUUUCAUCAUACCUACUUGGACUGCGUUUGAUAACGCAUUUGUCGCCCGUUUAUCAUUGGUUUCUGGCACAUCAAUCAUUUGUCAAUAUGAGAAAGAAAACUGCGAAGCGAUUGUGAAGUUCACCAAAGAUCAUAAAACCAGCUUUCCAUGCCUCGCUGUAUCUACAAGUGGUGAAAGUUUUGUUUGUAGAACUGAUGUAAAUUUAGGACAUGCAAAGACAGCCACGUACAAAGCACUCCAUCAGAAGGAAGGUGCUUCAAGUUCCACAGAAUGAUAUUUAAGUUCAGUUGAAAGGUAGGUAUAUGUGUAGUGUAAAUAGUGCAAAAUUGUGAGUGACAUCAAAUUUAAGAGACUUUCUGUUGUAUUACAAAUAAAUUACAUAAGAUAAAAGUGUACAAGCCCACUUUGAUUACACCACAGUGUAUUUCAAAAGAUUUUGCAACCUACAAUACAUUCCUUUCAAGUAAGAAAACUGUGUUCCCUUAGCCUUUGAUGUAGAGACAUUUCCGCAAAUGCAUGUGCUUUAUAGUCAACCAUGUACCCAAGAGCAGGCGUCUUAGUGGACAUUAAAUUUUGCCAACAAGGCCUUGAAAAUGAGAUUGAGUCAGAAAGUGGUAUUUGAGAUCAACAAAGUUUGGUUCAAAGUUGAUGGCACAAAUAAUUGCCAAACAGUGUAGAAUACAACUGCUGAGCUAUCAGUUCAAACCCCUACCACGAUGGAAUGUUCUUUAUAUUUGAUGUAAACAGUGCACGUCAUAACAAGAGAAAAUGUUCUUAAAAGCAUUUAAUGUACAGUGACUAGAUGCUACUUUUAUGAUCGCUCUUGAUAUUGUGGAAGAGCCAUGGUGUAGUGGUUCUAACUCUCGCCUUGAAAACAUAGGGUCGUGUGUUUGAAUCCCACCGGAAUCUAGCGCCACUCUCGACCCAGGUGCUAAAUGGGUACCCGGUAGGAUGUAGAUGUAUAAUGCCUAGCAAUUGAGUCUUGGAACUGUAAGUUGGAAUGCUUCCCAAGGAGUGGAGAAGGUGCAUACAUUGAAUUUGUGCAUGCAAAGACCGAUGACCAGGAUAAUAAUAUGCUGUAAAAGCUUUGGGCC